AUGAAGGAUAAAUCUGGGACUUACCAGUUAGUCUACGGCUUAACUCCUUGUAUUACAAAAAAAACACGUGAAUAUGUAAUAAGGAAGACUGGUAAAGCCCCGGCAAACCACUUAUUAGAGAAUCAUGAAAAAAUCAGCUCCAAUUCGAGGAUCAUUGCUUUUGUUUGCGAUAUAGACAAAUACAAUACUUCCUUUAACCGUACAUCAUUUGCUCAAAACGCCAUCCUGACCUCUAAAAACUUAAAUGCCGAUUCCAUAAAUAUUCAAUUGAUUAACAAAAUUCCUGGGGAUUUAAUUAUAUAUAUAAGUGCUAAUGACGAUGAAGAAGCGACAUUUUAUCCCACUGAAUUUUUAAACUCUUUAAAUAUAUCAGGAUUACCACCUCACAAACUUUCACUCAAAGUCGGGAGAAAAGGUAAAAGUGAAAGAAAAAUGGAAAGAAAAAGGAUAAGAAAAAGGAUAAGAAAAAGGAAAAGAAAGAGCAAGGAAAAGAAAAAGCAAGGAAAAGAAAAAGCAAGGAAAAGAAAAAGCAAGGGGAAAAAAGGGGAAGGAGGAAAAAAAAUAAAAAGGGAAAAGGAAAGAAAAGGGGAGAAAGAAAGAAAGGGGAAAGCAAAAGCAAAUAUAAAACUAGAAGAAAGCUCUGAAAGCAGCUGUUGA